AUGCUCUCAGGGAUUCUCAUAUUCAACCAGAAGGGUGAGAACCUCAUCUUUCGCGCCUUCCGCAGCGACUGUCGCCCGCGCCUGGCCGACAUCUUCCGCAUCCAGGUCAUCUCCAACCCGCAGGUCCGCUCCCCGAUCCUGACCCUGGGCUCGACGACAUUCAGCCAUGUCAAGCACGAGAAUAUCUACUUGGUAGCAGUGACAAAGAGCAAUGCCAAUGCCGCGCUGGUCUUCGAGUUUCUCUACCGGCUGGUAAUGCUGGGCAAGAGCUAUUUUGGGAAAUUCGACGAGGAGGCCGUCAAGAACAAUUUUGUCCUGAUUUACGAGCUGCUCGAUGGUAAGCCAAUCCCACUUUAUCCCAAUAACCCAGCUAAAGCAACCUCUAACAAUGGCUUCUUUCACUUCCCAGAAAUCCUCGACUUUGGCUACCCCCAAAACACCGAUCCCGACACCCUGAAAAUGUACAUCACAACCGAAGGCGUGAAAUCCGCCAUCGCCAACAACCCCACCGACUCCUCCAGAAUCACCCAACAAGCAACAGGCGCCCUCUCCUGGCGUCGCUCCGACAUAAAAUACCGCAAAAACGAAGCCUUCGUUGACGUUAUCGAAGACGUAAACCUCCUAAUGUCCGCAACAGGCACGGUCCUCCGCGCCGACGUCAACGGCCAAAUCGUCAUGCGCGCCUAUCUAUCCGGAACCCCUGAAUGCAAAUUCGGCCUAAACGACCGUCUCCUCCUGGACUCCGGCGAAUCCUCAGGUCCCAGCAGCAGCCGCGGUGGUGGCAACGGACUUGGCACAUCAAAGGCAACGCGCGCAGCAGCAGGCUCGGUCACACUGGAAGACUGCCAAUUCCACCAGUGCGUGAAGCUAGGCCGAUUCGACGCAGACCGGAUUAUCUCCUUCGUGCCGCCGGACGGCGAGUUCGAGCUGAUGCGGUAUCGCGCGACGGAGAAUGUCAAUUUGCCGUUUAAGGUGCACCCGAUUGUGCGGGAGAUUGGUACGACAAAGGUUGAAUAUAGUGUGGCCAUCAAGGCGAAUUACAGCUCCAAACUGUUUGCUACGAAUGUUGUUAUUCGUAUCCCGACACCGCUUAAUACGGCUAAGACUACUGAGCGGACGAGUCAGGGGCGCGCGAAGUAUGAACCUGAGCAGAACAAUAUUGUUUGGAAAAUUGCGCGGUUUUCUGGGCAGAGUGAGUUUGUGCUCAAUGCUGAGGCGACGCUUACGUCUAUGACGCAUCAAAAGGCUUGGAGUCGGCCGCCGCUUAGUCUUUCUUUUUCGCUGCUUAUGUUUACUUCUUCUGGUUUGCUUGUGCGGUAUCUUAAGGUCUUUGAGAAGAAUAACUAUUCUUCAGUUAAGUGGGUGCGGUAUAUGACUCGUGCCGGGAGUUAUGAGAUUCGUUUCUGA